AUGUCCUUCAUCGGCGCCAUCCUCGCCAAAGCUGUCGCUGGAGUAACCUAUCUCUUUGUGUUGCCAGGUCUGCGCGCCUGCCACGAUGACACCGAGCAAGUUCCCUCGCGAGACCCCGGACGCACCAUCAAAGUCCACAUCUACCGCUCCUCCACACCAUCCAAGUCCUCCCCGGUCCUCAUCAACUUCCACGGCAGCGGGUUUUUAAUUCCCCUGCAUGGCAGCGACGGCGACUGGUGUCGCAAAGUCAGCCGCAAGACCAACUACACCGUGCUGGACGUGCAAUACCGCCUCACGCCCGACCACCCCUAUCCUGCAGCACCUGAUGACGCCGAAGACGUCGUGCUGUGGGUGCAACAGCAGCAGCGCGAGGGCCUGCAAUUCGGUGAUGGGCGUAUCGCGCUCUCUGGGUUCAGCGCAGGCGGCAAUCUCGCGCUGGGGGCUGCGCCGCGGUUCCCACGCGAGACCUUCCACGCCAUCCUGGCUUUCUACCCGUGGCUGGAUCUGGACAAGAACCCCUGGCUGAAGAUCGCCCCGAAUCCGCUCUCAGUGCCUCUGCCGGCCUUCCUUCUUGACUUGUGUCGGAUCGUCUAUGUGCCCGCUAACGUGAGCCGGAAGGACCCGCGCAUCUCGCCGGUGUUUGCGCCUGUGGACAACUUCCCUGAUCGUGUUCUGGUUGUCACUGCCUCGUGUGAUACUCUGGCUUGGGAGGGCGAGAAGAUGGUAAAGCGCAUUAAUCAAGAUCCUAAUCGUAGACGCAGCGCCGAGUCUCAGCGCAUGGGCUGGUUCUGUGGUCAUGGAUGGGAUAAGUAUUCCCUGUGGGGUACGCUGUGGUGGUGGGCGAAGGAGAAAGCGUAUGGAAGGGCGAUUGCUAUGCUAUCGAAUUGA